AUGAACAAAACACAUUCCAUUAUCUACCGCCAUCCUAUCCCGCAAGCAUAUCCUUGUGGGAGCUUCGUCGCUUAUCGUAUUAGUGCUCCCACGUCGUCUUGUACGAGCUCCAUGCUUCCAGCGGAGGAUUGCCGGGCAUCCAACAGGCUAACAUCCGACUGCAAUUCACUCUCCGCAUCCUCCUCAAUUUGA